GUCACAUUUCUCACUACCUAUCGAUCGAUAUCACUUGUCAUCCCCACAUUUAUUACUUUGUUUUGCGACGAUGGUUGGCCGGCUGGCCAGCAAAGUGCGCUGGAGGCCUGUGAUUGGCCGCUCCGCACAGCGCUGGCACAACACCACGCAGCCCGGCUUAUCACCACGUGCAACCACGUCGCUGAGCCGUGGCUGUCGGGCCUCAACGCAUGCGCGCGUUCAACCGGCCAUCGCGACAUACGUGGUUCCACCGAAAACCGCGGUUGACGCCCUCGCUACCGGAGUUGUUCUCUUUUCGCGCUCUUUAUCCCAGCCCAACCUCCUGCCUGCCUGCUAUGUGACUAAGCGCGCGUUGCGCCAUCCCGUCGCGAGGCUGCUGCUGACUUGGCGUAGCGAUGCCGCAGGAUACUCCCACGCAGGGCGAUCAAGUAUCUCUGGAUGCUUCCGGGGCUGCCGAUGCAGAGCACGACCCGCCUAGCGCGCAGCAGGUGCUAGCGCCUGCAGGUCCAAAGGAUGUUCCGUUACUCACUCCCAGUGACGCGUCUGAGAUCACCGCGAGUACAGAUGCGCACACAGAUAUCUCGUCUACAGAAACCAGCGCGGAAUCAAACGACACCGAGCUCACGCCCGAAGCAGACAAAGCCGUAGUUGCAGCACAAGAUGAUGCCGCGUCAGAUCCGCCAAGCAGCGACGCCGAGAGUGACAGUGAAGCCGACGAUUCUACUAUGGACCUUGAACCCGCGGCCGUAGCUGCAAGUGUGUGUGAAACAGAUAUCGCUGCAGACAGCACUGAGUCCGUGGAUGAAGCCAAUACCGAUGCUGCCUCCUCGACCGGUCCGGAGGAGCCUUCUGCAGUUGCCACUGAGGCAACUGAAAUAUCGCAAUCUGAACCUCUUGCAGUUGAAGAGAGCAAAAAUGCUCAAAUUCCGGAGCAGGAAGACGAGGAUGAUAGUUCGAGCUCGUGGUCGGGUGGGACUGACGACUCUGUAGAUGAGGAGGCUGGGGUCGAUGUUGCGGAAGCUGCUGAACCGUCAGCAAACGCAGUUGAACCACCAGUUGAAGCAGAUAAGAGUCCUGCACAGGAGACCCCGACAGAGACUGAGUCUGCGAAAGAGGCUGAAGCACCAGCUGCCGUUGCGGAUGCAGUUGAACCACCAGCAGAUGCAGUUCAUUCACCAGUGGAAGCAGAUAGUAGUUCUGCACAAGAAGAUCCGGCGGAUUCUGAGCCCGAGCUUGACAAAGAAAUUGAAGCACCACUUGCUGUUGCGGAAGCAAACGAACCACCAGCAGAUGCAGCCGACCCAUUGGCAGAUGCAGACCCUAGUCCAGUACCAGAAGACCCAGCAGAGUCUGAGCCUGCACCUGCACCUGAGCCCAAGAAAGAGGUGGAAGCACCAGCCAACGUUGUCCUCGUCGCCGCGGCCUUGAAGGCCAUGUGCGAGCCUGAGAAGGCGCCUGAAGCGGAAAAUACUGAUGUGUCGGCCGCACCGGCCGUACCAGCUGAGCAGGACGAAGGGGUUGCAGACGCAGUCGCUCCAAAUGCAGAGGUAGUAGCUGAAGCAGUAGCCUCCACUGAAGAGGUUCUUGACGUGGAUGCUCCGGCGGACCCUGAUGCUGCGACCACAGACAAUGUGGAGGCUGAGCAAGCCCUCCCGGUCGAGCCACAAGAGCCAGAGCCCCAGGUCGACGAGACUGUUACUGCUGAAAUUGAGGUUUCCGAGACCACCGACAUGGCAGAGCCUGAGACUGUAAUUGUAGCACCGGCAGAACAAGCACAGGAUGCCGCAAAGCCGCCAGAAGCAGCAGAUACUGAUGAUGCAGCCGCUGACGCCGAAAACACGCCCGUUGCCGUUGACCUGGUUGCCGAGACCACAGCUACUGCGCCAGAAGUAGCGGACCAGCCCACUGACGAAGCCGCUGAAGCUCCAGCAGAAUCUCCGACACCGACAGAUGCUCAAGAUGCUGCAGAUGCUGAGACCAUAACUCCAGCCGCGCCUGCAGUCGAAGCAGAGACUCCCAGCGAAGAAGUGGCGGCACCAAUUGUUGAUGAGGUCGAGCCUAGUGAGCAGGACGCAGCGCCAGUGCCAGUGCCAGAGCCAGCGUCAGCUUCGGCGGCAGCAGCCGAGGAAACAAAGGACGCAGAUCCACCUGCCGAAAUCCCCAAUGGUGUUUCUGCUACUGAAGACGAGCCAGCGCAAGUAGAUGUGCCCGCUGAGCCCAAGGCAGAUGCGCCGGCACCAGACCAAGACUUGGUAUCAGCAGUUGAGACGUCAAAGGAAGUUUCUUCAGCUAGCGAGACCGCCCAAGUCGAAGCUUCACCAGGAACAGAAGCGCCGGCUGAAGUUGUUGCCGAAGCGCCAGCUGAUAUUAUCGUCGAAGCGCAACCCCAAGUCGUCAUUGAAGAGCAACCCGCGGCCGUUGAAGCGCAGCUCCCAACCGCUGAAGCCACAGCAGACCUCGAACUUGAUCACGUUGACAGCAAAGACGACGCUUCUCCCAGCGAAGCAGAUAGCUCAGAGGCAAGCGAGCUUCUCGAGGAGCCAACUGAAGUUGUGGCAGCGCAACCCCUGGUCGCCGAAGCCACGGCGGAUCCCCAAACAGACCAUGUUGACAGCAAAGAUGACGCAUCUGUGAGCGAAGAGGACAGCUCCGAGAUAAGCGCACUUCCUGAGGAGUUGGAAGCAGAGCCUGUGAAGAGUGAGGUUGUUCUUGUCGAGUCGCAGGAACAAACUGCCCCAGCACCCGAGGUGGUCUCUGGCGCCCCCGCCGGUGACGAUGGCGAUGCUAGUGUGGUCUCAGAUUCAAUCGAUGACAGUGCCGUCUCAGAAUCCUUGACCGAAGCCGCUGAGCUUGUCGAUGACAAAUCCGGUCCGGAAGCAGACGCAGAGCAGAAAUCAGUAGCGGUACCUAAGGAAGAAGCGUCCUCUACUGCAGCCGAGCCUGACGCUGUCCCUGCCGCCGAGACUGUUGAAGUCGACUCAACGCCCAAGCCCGACGCAGCUGUCGACGUCCUUCCUGAGCCGGCUACCGAAGCCGCAAUAGUCGCAGAUGCCGCAGACCCAGCUACCGAAGAGCCAGCAACGGAGACAAUCAACGAUGCCGUCCUGGGAGACAUCUCCAUUCAACUAGAAGAGACAGAAACUCUGCCAUCAGGAACUCCCGAGCCACCAGUGCUCGAAACUGCUGUCGAGGAACCUGCAGUCGUGGUAGAAGAUGCUGCCGAAUCUGCAGUAGCAGAACCUUUGGAUACUGCUGGAGCGUCAGAGGCUCUGGAUGAGACUGCAGAUGUGCCUGAAGCUGUAGAUGUACCAGAGACUGCAGCUGCGCCAGAGACUGAGGCGGCUGCAGAUAUCACGCCCGCAGUAGAGGACAUUCCCGAGCCAGCACCUGCCAGGUCUGUGGUCGCUGAGUCUGCGGUAGCUGAAUCUGUGGUAGCUGAAUCUGUGGUAGCUGAAUCUUCGGUUGCCGAGUCUACCGUUGAGUCUGCUGUUGAGUCUGCUGUAGCGGAGUCUAUUGCCGAGCCCGCUGCCUCCGAGACCGCGCCUCAAAAAGACGAGGCCGUUGCACUGCCUCCACCUGUCACAGACGCCGUACAGGAACCUCCUGCAGAGUCUGAGGCAGCCGAGUCUUUAGUUGAGUCCAUCGCUGAUGAUACUGCGUCUCACGAAGACGAAAUUGUUGCACUUCCUCCAGCCGCCGUCCAAGAACCCCCUACAGAGCCCGCGGAAGAACCUCUCGCUGAAUCUGAACCUGUCGCCGCUGAGAAAGCCCCAGUCGACGAUGCUGCUGAGCCAGCACGCUCAGUGGCUGAUUCCGUCCCUGAUUCCAUCCCUGAUGAGGUGGAUGCUAAGUCGGAAGCCGACGAAGCGGUCCCGAGAGAAAUUAAGGCACCGGAGGAGGCUGAGGCUGCCCCUAUCGAGGCGGUGGGAAGUGAGGUGACGUUUGUCAGGGCGCCUGUUUUACAGGUCGUUCAAGCUGAGGCCGUUGAUUGUGAGUCUGUGAUUUGGUCUGUGGCCCCUGAAGAUCUUGUCGAACCGGAUCCAAUCAUUGUCGGGAGUGCACCAGUCGAGCCUGUGCCUGCCCCCGCUGAUCCAGUCGACGAUGAGGGUAUUAUCGAGGCCGGACUGGCGCCGCCAGAGGAUGAUCUUGCAAUAGGGGAUGUCUCGGAAGGAGAUGCGUUUGGAGAGAUUAGUCCAGCAGAGCCGAUGGACGUCGACUCUACUCCUGAGGAACCCAUAACUCCCGAUGUCCCAGCUGUUCAAGAGGAAACGCUCCCAGAGGCUGUUGUUGAGGAACCUUUGUCCCGAGAUUUGGCUCAGCCGAUCGAAGAGACCAUGACCGAUGCCGUACUGCCCGCUCCCGUCGACAGAGAGGUAGAUCAAGCUGGGGAUGUAGACCCUGCGGUAGCUGAUGAGCCUUCGAACACUGAAGCAAACUUCGGCACGACACCAAGGACACGGGAUUUCGCUCCUAUGCCGGACCCUGCUACAUCGCCUCGAGAUAAGCAUCAUCGACGGCUUUCCCACUCGCGUAAGCACCACUCUCACCGCCGAUAUGAGAGCGACGCGGAGACUAAAGAGAAAGCCCUCCCAAUUCCUCCUGCACUGCCUGCUGCAAAGCCGUCAGCAUCUCCCAAGAGCAAGCGUCGUGACAGCACGACAGAUCGCGACAUUUCUCGGAGCAAAGCAAGGGUGCAAGAGGAGAAGCCAAGGAGCAGCCCCGCUAGAGAACCCACAUAUCCUGACCAUCGAUCCCACCGUCACCGCGACAGCCGGGAGCCCACAUACCCCGAGUAUCCAGUCGAGCGUUCAAUCGAACGUUCAAUCGAGCGUCCAGUUGAGCGUCCUCGCCGGGAGAGCAAGAUCGAGGAGAGGCAGAGCAAGCGACGAGCCACAGAGCCAGUGCUAGAUGAAGAGGCAGAACGGAGACAGCGCCGUGAAGCACGUCGUGCAGAGAAGGAGCGAUUGGCUGCAGAAGAGGCUGCGAGACUCUUAGGAGAUGAGGAAGCGCAACGACAGAAGCGCCGGGAGCAACGCCGUGCGCUGAAACUGGCGGAGGCGGAGGCUGCUGCAAGACAGCUGGAGGAAGAGGCACAGCAGCAUCUGAAGCGCCGUGAGCAGCGGCGAGCGGCUAAAUUGGCGGAGGAAGAACAGCGUCGAGCUGCCAAGGUGGCUGAGGAGGAGCAGCGCCGAGCUGCUAAACUGGCUGAGGAGGAGCAACGUCGAACUGCUAAAUUGGCAGAAGAGGAGCAACGCCGAGCUAUCAAGCAGGCGGAAGAAGACCGAAUCAAGCAGCUGGAAGUAGAUAGAGUAGCUCAGGAAGAGGAGGCACGUCGCAUCCGACACGAGAAGAGACGGAAGCGUCACGAAGCCGAGAAAGACGCCAAGCGCUUGGAGAGGGAGAAGGCAGAGCAGGCUGUACGCGACGAGGAAGAGGCACAGAGAGCAAGGAGGCAACGGCGCGCGGAUAGAGAGAGGGAAAAACUCGAGGCGGCAAGACCUCGACGCAGGGAAGUCGAAGCUCCUCGUGACGCGGCACGCCGUGCCGCAGAGGACUCGGUCAGCCCUGCACCUGAGGCCAUCGAGUCACCGCGCAGCACACCCCGUCGUCGCAUGAGCACCCGCGAGCCUCCGCCGCCGACACCCAAGCGCGGCAGCUUCCUGGGUGGAUUCUUCAGCCGCUCGAAGACGGAACCUCUGACUCCGCCCUCCUCAAAGCCUACCACACCCAGAUCCCGUCCUCGAGCUGACACCCUUGACGCUGUCGAGACACCAGCUACCAUUCUGCGGCGAGAAGCCGAGCAACACUCCAGCAGCAACCACUCUUCCAACGAGAGCCGCGAGCGCGGCGAACGCCCCAACCGGAGCCGCCGCCACUCGCACACUCACCACUCGCACCGCUUCGCCUCCGCCGACGAAGAAGCAGAGUACUACCGCCGCAAGGAAGAGCGCCGCAUCGCCCGCGCCCGCGAGCACGAAACAACCCCCAUCCGCGACCCCAUGCCGCCUCCAGAACCACCGGUCUACGCCCCGCCCCCACCACCCCCGAAAUCCGUCGCCACCCUCGACACCGCCACCAUGGAAGUCGAGCGCCAGCGCGCCGGCGGCCCAGAGUACGACGACAUGGACUACGAAAUGGCGAUUGACGACACGGCGUACCGCACCGACGACGCAUACCGCACCGACGACGCGGCGGCCAUCGGCACGAGCUCGGGGUCCGAGCUGCACGCGCGCCGCCGCACCAAGCGCGUCUCGAUUCUCGACGAGCGCCCGAAUCGCAACAGGCGCGUGGCGCCCGGAUCGGACAAGGGCGAGCGGCCCGUCAGUCGCCGGGUGCAGGCUGAGCGCAGCAGGGCCGCGAAGGCGGCUGCGGAGGAGCGGCCGAGGGCGCGGCGGAGCGAGACGGAGCGGCGGGGCGAGGCGGAGCGUCGGGCGCCGCGGGCGGAGAAGGCUGAGAGGGGGGACAGAGAGCGAGAGAGAGACAGGGACAGGAAGAGGAGCGGGGAGAAGGGACUGAAGGGCCUGUUUGGCGUUUUUUCGAAGAGAUAGCGAGCGGCAUUUUCUUGGUUUUGGGUUCUGCAUGGCGUUUGGCGGGCAUGGGUUGGAUACCUACAUUGGGGGUGUUCUUCAUUGAACGGCGUUUGGGUGUUGUUGGCUUGGGCGUUUUGAGCGUUCUCGGGUUGCAUGCAUGGGCGGCUAUCUGUAUUUGUACGAGUGUAUGUCCGCGACGAUUUCUCAUAUGCCCGUCUGUGUGCGCUUCGGCGCUGCAGCAGUUAGUUUUACGAGCUGAAUGACGCAUCUUCUUCCUCUCA